GCUGUCUCUCGUCGCGAUGUCCGUCUCGAUGGCUUUUGUAUCCCCUCAAUGGCUUUUAUGUCGUAUCAACGGCUUUUGUAUAUCUUUUCUAUAAAGCCUCGUGCAAAUAUCCAAAUCGUCAGAUAAUUUUCCUAUCGCGGUCAAAUCAGCCUGCCUGGCACCUGCCUGCCUGCCCUCCGGCUUCCCGAAGGACCUUAACCCAGCGAUUGCGAGUCACUAGUCACUGUUGGUCCCAUUCUCUCCUGCCGCCAUGCCCCGCGUACCAGAUAUGAAUUUUCGGUUUGGCCAUUCUGGUAGCAUCUUCAGGCACCCCGUUCGUCUUCCUCCAGCAAGUGGUCAAGCUUUCCAUAAUCCUCCUUUGUUCGGGUGUCAACCCGUGUGCCUGUCGACGUGGGUCCUUGAUCAUCCCUUGCCGGCCUCCACUCCUGCCGCCAAUGCACAUACACAGCUAUGGCCUCGACAACCGCGACUUUACUUCACCCCUGUUGUUGCUUCAACACCCUUACCCCCAGCAUGGGAACCGGGGACUUUUCCACCAGAACCUCUCGGAAUCUCAGUGCCCUUGCACCUGCAUCCUCACCUCACGCCUAAUCCGCUUGAUCCCUCAAUACCCACCCUCUUGUGGGAUGUUAUACACCCUCCAGAGUUGGCACGGAUCUAUUCAGGACGGCAUUUGCUUCUUCCCGUUGAUCUCAAAGCCAAGGCCGUCCGACCAAAGGCCAGCGAACUUUACAUCACUUCAGAUCAUCCUGUUCUCGCCUCAUGGAUGACUAUAUGGGGACCCAUAAUGGUCCGAAAUUCCGACAUCUCCCUCUUUGAUGUUUUACACGCCAUUUACACAUAUCUGCAAGAGCCGUUGAAACCCCAGGAAAUAGAGCGUCUUAAAUCCGUUCCUGGAAACGAAGCAAGCGUUCAGUAUGCGGCACACCAAAGAGCUACAGACUCGUAUGAACUAUACUCAGUGGCCAUGAAAAGUGGGUUCAGACGUGUGGAUGUUUUAGGAGGUCACCGAAUGUUCGUAGGUUUGCGACCCGUAGUCUUUCAAGAUCAUACUUGGAAAUUGUUCCUUUCGUUGCGUCCAGGACCAGUACCACGCUCUUACUAGUAAUUAAUCUACAUAAUAUAUUUUUAAUAUUGACGCGUC